AUGCGCCCCGAGGCGGUUGCGACAUGUCUUUUGGCGAGUAGUGCUUCGCCGGCUCAGUCCCUCCGUCGAGUCUCCCGCCACGGCGCCCGUUGCCUCGGUGUGUCUCUGUGUCUCCGUGUCUCCGCGUAUCUGCCUCAGUGCCCCUGUCCCCCUGUCCCCCUGUCCCUCUCCUCCUCCGUCCGACGGACACUGCCAGAUCAAUCGCGUCGCGUCGCUCGUCUGGACUACUCCUCCUCCUCCUUCCGAGGAGGCCAAGCUAUUCUCGCGCACGCCAGCCCGACCUGCCUCAGCCGCUGCGCCCGACAGCCCCGGCCUCUUUGCCCGCCGCGUAGGGCCCCUUCGUCCCUCGGGCCACUCGCCACUUGCCACCUGCUGCUCUCUCCACCGCCAAUCGUCACCGGGCCCUCUGGUGGGCCCGAUUCUGUCGCCAUGGCGCCGGCGCGAACCUUGAAUUUGCGAGGCGGCUCCAUGAGCCCGUCGAGGCAGUGCGAGGCCAGUGUGCUCAAAGUGGGUGGCGACCUCUACGACGAGGCCGGCUACCGAAUGGACGUGACCGUCUGGUUUCGGCACCGCAACGAAGUGCUCUACUGUGAGUCCCCUUACUCCUUUACCAUUCCUAUCGCACACACGCACACACGCACACACGCACACACGCACUCGGGUGACACGACGCGAAAAGGCGCCAACUCGCCAUUUGCAUGCCUCACGUCGAAUUGGGCGCUCGCGACGCCUCCAGCGUCAGCCGAGGCGGCCCGGCGCGCCACUGCCGGCGUAGCCUGCAGAGGGCAUCGAUCCACACGGAAGCCUUCAGAAGGCGCUUUGAGCGGACUAUUUUAA